CGCUUCCCCAAAUAUUUCUUUUUCGUUGUCAUUGUCGCACGGAGCAUGUACUCGAUGCGGAAGAUUCUUUCGAGGUAAGGUAACGAGAAGAAACUUGAAAUGAUCCUGAGAAUGUUAUUAGCUCUAAAAAGCUAGUUUCUUCAAAACGGACUCUCCAGAAUUGGACAAACAAUGUCAGGAAGCAGACAUCACUUUCCUCCGAAGUUUAUGAACGCGAAGACAGGUUCGGAGCCCAUAAUUACCAUCCACUCCCGGUCGCAUUAUGCAAAGCAAAAGGUAGUUAUUACACGCGAAAUACAAGUCUGCUCUAGGAAUAUACGUGUGGGACGUGGAUGGUAACAGGUACAUGGACUUCCUGAGUGCCUACAGUUCUGUAAACCAAGGCCACUGCCAUCCUAAACUGGUGGCGGCACUAAACGAGCAAGCGAAAGUCCUCACGCUCACUUCGAGAGCAUUUUAUAGCAGCAUUCUUGGAGAAUACGAAGAGUUUAUCACAAAGCUGUUUGGAUAUGACAAAGUUUUGCCAAUGAAUACCGGUGUGGAGGCCGGAGAAACUGCGUGCAAACUGGCUAGGAAAUGGGCCUACAAAGUAAAAGGCGUUCCAGACAACGAGGCGCGCAUUGUAUUUGCAGAGGGGAACUUUUGGGGCCGCACACUAGCGGCUGUCUCUUCGUCUACGGAUCCUAGCUGUUUCCAAGGCUUUGGGCCAUACAUGCCCGGUUUCGACCUUGUCCCAUAUGAUGAUUUGAAGGCACUGGAGGAAAAGCUGAAGAAUCCCAACGUUUGCGCGUUUAUGGUGGAGCCUAUUCAAGGUGAAGCAGGAGUUCGAGUCCCUUCAGAUGGAUACUUGAAGGGCGUUCGUCAGUUGUGCGACAAAUACAAUGUGUUGUUCAUCGCUGAUGAGAUUCAAACUGGACUGUGUCGAACAGGGAGGCAAGUGCGCUUGUGUGUUGACCACGAAUCUGUGCGUCCUGAUAUUGUACUCCUUGGUAAGGCACUUUCUGGAGGAAUGCUUCCGGUUUCUGCUGUGUUGGCUGACGACCCGGUUAUGCUGUGCAUCCAGCCGGGGGAACAUGGGUCAACCUACGGCGGUAAUCCGUUGGCUUGUAAAGUUGCAAUGACGGCCCUACAGGUACUGGAAGACGAACGAUUGGCUGAACGAGCGGAUAAACUCGGUCAUAUUUUGCGAAGAGCACUCAGUCAGUUACCAAAAUCAGUAGUUAAGUCCUACCGAGGAAAGGGUCUACUAAACGCCAUAGUCGUUGAUGAUAAACACAAUGCAUGGGAUAUUUGUCUCAUGCUACGCGACCACGGUCUACUUGCGAAACCCACACAUGAGACAAUCAUCCGACUGGCACCACCUUUGUGUAUUUCCGAGGAAGAACUUUCAAAAGCCGUUGAAAUUCUAAACACUGUUAUCAAAUCAAUCGCAAAGUGAUGUCUCUCAUCAUAAUGUGUUCUAAUUCAUAGUACUUGUGAUGUAUUGUAUCCGUGCUUUUUUUCUUCAUUUUUUGAGGGAAUUUCGUCGACAAUAAUCUUG